AGGCUCUCAGUCUGUUACUGUCCAGGUCUCUCACCAGGGAAAAUUAAUGUUUAUUGUACGAAGCUUCCGAAGCAGAAGAGCUGAAGUCUGUAGCUAUAGCCUGUUGUAGACCUGAAAUGGCGCUAAAUGAAAACGAUUUAAAAUCCUGCCUACAUGAACCGGAUAUAUCAACAAAAGAUUUCAUUAUGCAACAAACAAUGUUACGAGUCAAGGAUCCAAAAAUUUCUCUUGAUUUUUACACACGUAUUCUGGGAAUGCGACUCUUGGGGAAAUAUGACUUUCCAGAAAUGAAGUUUUCUUUGUAUUUUGUUGGUUAUGAGAAAAUGGAGGAUAUACCAAACAUAGAGGAUAAAAGAACAAAGUGGAUUUUCUCCCGACAAGCGAUUCUUGAACUCACUCACAAUUGGGGAACAGAAAAUGAUCCAGAGUUUAAUCAUCAUAAUGGGAACACUGAACCGAAAGGUUUUGGUCAUAUUGGGAUUGAAGUUCCAGAUGUCGAGAAAGCCUGCAAAAGAUUUGAAAAACUUGGUGUUAAAUUUGUCAAGAAGCCAAACGAUGGGAAAAUGAAAGGGUUGGCAUUUAUUAAGGAUCCUGAUGGCUACUGGAUUGAGGUUUUGAACAGUGAUAAUUUAAGUCAAAUGCUAGGAAAGAAUAGCUAGAGCUUUCGGCUUGUGACAAGUAAUCAAUCAAUUAUCAGACCCAUGAGACAAAGCAAUGGAAUGAGAGUUUCUGAAUGUGCAAACUGGAAAAUUGCUUUUGUUUUGCCAGAGGACCUGAUAGCAUUUUCGAUUGAUUCUGUAAUGUUUUUAAGAAGUAAACAGCUCAUUUGAUAGUUGAUUUCAAAA